GUCAAGGGGCAAAGCACAGGAGUGAACAAGAACAUCGAGGUCAAGUUCAAGUUGUAACACUUUAUCAGAUAUUAUUGUAAAAUUCGUGAAAGCAAAAUGCCGUCGAAGCCUCCCUUGAUGGUGCAGCCACGAGGUGUCCGCAGCGGCUGCAAAGCCACACAUCCUGGUCGGAGUCGGCGGAAGAAGAUGAGCCGACGGGAUAUAGUUCUUUUGGUUUCUUCAGUUUUGUGCAGUGCUCAAGCGACAUCAGUCGCUGCGACGUCGUCUACGGCCUCCACUGCUCAAAAGAAAGUCUUUGUAAAGCACCAGACAUCGACUACUUCGCGGAGUAAUAAAGGCAGCAUAUCUGUAGCACGCUUGCUGAGCAUGUCUGGCAGAAAGUAUAGCCGCAAAAUGACUUCUUCGCUUCAACAAGACCGAGAACAACCAACAGAAACAGCUACAGGUGACGACCAAACAAUAGAAGAGGGCUCUAGUACUCUUGCUCGAGCGUUUCAGCGAUUCUCUGAAAUCUACCAUGCAAGAGCACCAGGUGGAUCAAGGAAGCUAACAAAGGAGUCCUCGACAAGUAGUGGUAAGAGUUCCGAUCAACCAGGAGUUCAAAGUCAUGUCUUCCUAGAAGAAUCAGGAAAAGAGCAUUCGAUAUCUUCCAGCAGCAGCAAAUCCUCGCCAACGCCAAGCAGACGAAACCCAUCAGACAACAAGCAAGUAGACGAGAAUCAAAAUACACGAAGUAUUAAUCCAAUGUCUUCAGAUCAUGAUCCAGCUUCAGCUUCAGUAGGUGUGGCUUUCAUACGAAAUCUCUUCGUUCAACAACUUAUCAAUGUGAAACGAACGAUACUUCGAGAAGAUGAAAUGCAGGAUAAGCAGAAAACAACAGGAACAAAUACGACUGCCCAUGAGCAAGAACAAGGACACGGUGGAGAUUCCCAUUCCCUUGUUUCUAGAAAUAAUGGAGCUGUUGACAAGAAAAGUAAUGUGUCGUCAACAUCAUCAGACAACAAAGUAAGCGUUAAGGGGUCUGCAAAAGAUGGAGCCAUCGCAUUUGCACUUCAUGGCGGAUCAUCGGAGAGUGGAUCUGUAGAAGUAGAGCAGGAGAAAAAACGGCUCGUGGAAAAGCGUGGUCGUAGUGGUAGCAUGCAGGGUGGUAGCUCAUCUUCCAGUAGUAAGCGGGGGACCGGCAGCAAGGAUGGUGCUGGUGGUAGUAAGCACAGUGGUAGUUCCUCUUCCAGUAACGAGGACGAGGCAGUAUUACAGCAGAAGCGCAGCAAGGAGGAGGCGCAGUUGGAGGCUGAAGGAGAGGCACAGAUGCAGAGCUUGUACAAGCUUCGGGGUCCGCGUCGUCUCAGGUUGAGUGAUUUCAAGGAACGGACGAACUUCACUCUUCCUGAAGACUUAAGCGUAUGGUGGCACUAAUUGAGAGCGAACGAAUAGCAAAGGGGAUGUCGACAGGUUAUACCCGGUUCAGCAGGAUUUAAUCCUAAUGCUGAUGCAUAGCCUAAGGUCGGCAUUGUUCCCUUGUUGUUGACAUCAUGCUUCUCAAUCAGUGAUGUAGCAUUCAUUGACGCAGAUAGAAUACUCCUCAGACCUAGACAUACCACCUGCAUGGAGCGCCAGCGAUUAUGAGUGGAUGUCGACGUCGUACGUGAAGAAUUUUGACUCGCCAAACCAGGCCUGCUGCUUUUGCAAAGAGGCUUUGUCGAUUGCAGGGAUAGCCAACAGAACAAGAAAAGUAAAUGGAGCAGGUAUGAACUGAACCUCAUUCUGCUUAGCACCUUGAUUAGACAGGUUCUUUUUACAAGUGGAAACAAAUGUCGAUACCGAUGUCGACGUUGAUCAGCAGAUGUUCUUUCACUUGUUGUUCCUUCUUGUGAUACGUAGUAUGCCUCUGUUAGUGUUACCUACAAUGCGCAGAACAAAAUCCACCACGAUCUCUACAACUCUGCACCAGGUAACAUGGUUCCACCAGAACGAUUUUGUAGUGAGACGAUUGAAAACAUGGAGUAUAUCACUGACCACGCUGAAGACAUAAAGUGGCAUGAUCGGCUAAAUGUUACGCUUGAGGCUGAGCUGUUGCAAGAUCUAUGAUGCCGCUGAGUUUUACCCCCCUUGUUAGAUUUAAUGUUUAUUUACCGAACCUUAUAGUCUUAUUAAAUUCAACAGUAUAAUGUCCUUAGUUUUUGUCUCCUCACCUCUUCCUGUCUAUGAAAGAAAACUAAGGCAAGGGACUCGGAUUCACCUACGACAACCUCGUUUUCCCCGCUCCCGCUCCUUCUUCAUACCGAAACGGAAUAACAAUCGACACUUCCCAAGCAGUGCCCAAACCUGGCGCAGCGGUCUGUAAGCAGCGAUGUCACGAAGCUGAUGGUUGUAGCGCAUGGAUGUGGAAUCAGGAUACCACUAUCCCAGAAAUUGGAGUCUGCAAACGAUGGUACGGAGGUAAGGCAGCACUGCUGAAAGAGAAUCGGGACACAUCCUUGAUGUUGGAGCAUGGUGGCGCAACCAUGACCUACACAGCGGGAAGGUGCAUGCCAGCUUUGUCUGGUACUUGGGCAUUCUAUCUUCCUGUUUGAUGAUGAUGUUCAUGUUUCAGCCUACCGACCACAAAAUGUGCAUGAGCUUCGAAAUUUUGGACUCGCCUUCUAGCCACUCACCUUUACCGUCUCCAUUUCCACCACGACAUGACUUGCAUUUGACCAUUAUACCUCCUAAAACAACAACAGCUUUCAGUUGCGGGUUUGGCCCAUGUGCAAAAUUUGUGAAUUGGCAAAACGGCGGUCCAGAAUCAAAGGAAGAGUGGUGUUGGACUCCUGGAAAAUUCUUCAAGCCGACUGUUACGGGUCAAACUUGUUAGUUUUUGAUGAAGUACUUCACGUUUUUAGUUCACCUUCUAAUCGUCCUCUCCCUGCGGCGAACAAGAUUUUGACUACUCCACGUUUUUAGUUCUCUAAUCGUCCUCUCCCUGCGGCGAACAAGACCGUUGGAACCGAGUGGGCGCCGUGUGGUAGUGAGACCGAAUCCAACUGCACAACGAGUUUUUGCGUCAACUACGCGCAAAAUAAUAUGGCAGACGAGUGUCCUAACAGUUGUAACAGUGGAUUCAUCAUGAUCUUUUUGAACGAGUGAGAAGAGAGAAGAUAACCUUGUUGGCCACUCCUGGCACGACAACUCUUUCAGCUUCACUCUUUGAACCCAAAUCCAUCUUCCCACAUCCCCCUCGUCGCACACCAUCCUCCAUUUUCCCCUCUUCAUUCCCCACCUGACCAUCGACGACCCGGAUGAUAAGACGUGUCGGAUGCACGCUGGCAGCCCUUGGACGCUGUACAAUACUGUGGAUAACCUGUUAUCGCGGAUUCCCGAUCGAAGUAUCAUCAAUGAUUACGGCUCGGCGUCGAUAUACCGUUGAUUGUAUCGAUAUCGUAGUGAAUGUCUCACUAUCUGUAUCGAACAUGAAUAUCACUUCCUGUAUCACUAUCCACUUCCACGCUACCUGAAUCAGUAUCACUAUCUGCAGGAUGAUAAUAAAUUGUCCGUUUUUUUACAGUGUGACUCACUGAUGAAGAAGAUCGUCAUCGUCAUACCAUAGGAGGGAUGAUCGAGGCUUACUUUUUCAGUCGGACUAGCACUAGAACAGUACCUUCGUCCUCUAACACCAAGGCUGGUGGCGCGACUACUACUUCUCAAACGGGCGUAAAGAUACGAAACCAAAAGGCUACAUACCGCCAGACGCGGAUGCGCUUAUCAAAUACGGUAGAGCAGCAAUCGAGACGGCCAACAGCUAUCCGUACAGACCCAAGUGGGGAGAGAAGAUGGAGGAUAAUACCAUCCUGUGGUCGCAUAAGGGCGAUCGACGAGUGCCACCGGGCCAUCAGGGUUCUUAGACUCAGUAGGAAGGGGGAGAAACGAAAUGUAGUAGUCGUCGUAGAAUUCGAAACUACUUGUUCCUUCAGUUACAACUAAGUAAGUACGUGUAGAGGAGCUACAAGAUGAUCUUCCCGUUAGAAAUAGAAAAACACUAAAACCUAAUGAUACCGCCUUAAGAAUAUGUAACACCGACGUUCACAUCUAUAGAGAAUAACUCUAGUAGUCCUUUUUGGAGAAUAGUCAAUUUACGAGCUCGCAACCAGCAACCUUUUCGGAGAAAACAUCAACACUAAUUUUCAACAGGUAGAAAGAAAAUUCAACAACUCAACAACACUUUUCCUUUUCGUUUCCCGCAUUACAUCAACACUUAAGCAACUUAGUCCUCGUUUCGUUAGUCUUUUUAGGUUUCAAAAACGAACAGGAAGCAUGCGCAACAUGCUCAAAUCUAAGAAUUACAUAGCUACAUCGCCACGAUUCAUGUAACACGGAUCGAUAUCCUAGAAGAAAUGCAUAGUCACAUUGGAAGAGAAAUCCAUGUUCAUGUUGGCAGUACUCUUUGUAUAGUCCAUCUUGGUGCAGCUGUUGUCAUGUAAACGAUGGUUCACCAAUGUCGUUUCGGAUUCUGUCCAGACGAAGCAAUAGACCAUUGACCACGUUGUCAUGAUACAGAAAGUAGAUCGUACAUGAAAAGUGAUACAAAGAACAGUCGCUUCCGGUAAACUCCUGGCAGGUGGAUAACAACUUGCAGGAGCAUCAGCUGCUGUUUCCACUCUAUUUCAUCUCAAG